CCAAAGUUCCGCGCGAAAAAUACGUCAGCCGAGUUUCGCGCCACAUCUGCUGCAGAAGGAGCAACGCAGAGGCAAAGAAUAUCAAUCAUGUCUUCUCCUACUUCAACUCCUGGUCGCAAACGUGGAAGAAAUGACAACCCCUCCACUCCCAGCAGUGAGGGUCCCACCUCUCCCCCCUCCCAGCGUCGCAGAGGGCAGGACUCCUCCACUGCGGAUCUGAUGCCGAUGCCCACCUCACCAGCCACAGACGUGCUCAGUCCAGCUGUCCCCCAGGACACCUCACUGUUUUCCAGCCCACGCCCUUCAGUGGCUCCAAAUGAAGUAGACAUGAGCUCUCCUCUCAUGUAUGGGACUCCCAGCUCUCGCGUUGAUGCCACUCCACGCAGCGGUGUCCGGGGCACACCUGCCCGGCAGCGCCCUGACCUGGGAUCUGUGAGGAAGGCCCCGCAAGUGGAUCUGCAGUCGGAACCACAGAGUACAGAUGGCGCCGCUGUGGGCAGUGAGACCAACACUGGGCAGAAGUUGGUCAUCUGGGGAACGGAUGUUAAUGUUGGAACCUGCAAGGAGAAGUUCCAGAGAUUUUUGCAGAGGUUUAUUGACCCAACCUCCACUGAAGAUGAAAAUGCAGGUCUGGACCUUAAUGAGCCCCUGUACAUGCAAAAGCUGGAGGAGAUCAGCGUUGUUGGAGACCCAGUGUUGAACGUGAAUUGCCUACACAUUCAAACCUUUGAUGCGGAGCUGUACAGGCAGCUUAUCAGCUACCCACAGGAAGUUAUCCCCACUUUUGACAUGGCCGUGAAUGAACUCUUCUUUGAGCGCUUUCCCGACUCUAUCUUGGAGUUCCAGAUUCAAGUCCGCCCCUACAACGCCCUGAAAACCCGAAACAUGAGGAGCCUGAACCCAGAAGACAUUGAUCAGCUCAUCACCAUCAGCGGUAUGGUGAUCCGCACUUCGCAGCUCAUCCCUGAGAUGCAGGAGGCUUUCUUCCAGUGCCAGGUGUGCGCCUACAGCACGAGGGUGGAGGUGGAUCGCGGCCGCAUCGCAGAGCCUGCUGUGUGCCGCCACUGCAACACCACCCACAGUCUGGCACUCAUUCACAACCGCUCAGUCUUUUCAGACAAGCAGAUGAUUAAAGUCCAAGAGUCUCCUGAAGACAUGCCCGCAGGUCAGACGCCACACACUGUGGUGUAUGCCCACAACGACCUGGUGGAUAAGGUGCAGCCUGGAGACAGGGUCAACAUCACAGGCAUAUACAGAGCGGUCCCGAUGCGAGUGAACCCGCGUCAGAGCAACGUGAAGUCAGUUUACAAAACCCACAUCGACGCCAUCCACUUUCGCAAGACUGAUGAGAAGAGGCUGCAUGGUCUGGACGAGGACGCCGAGCAGAAGCUGUUUACAGAGGACCGCGUGCAGACACUGAAGGAGCUCGCUGCCAAACCAGACGUGUACGAGCGCCUCGCCUCUGCUCUGGCUCCCAGCAUUUAUGAGCAUGAGGACAUCAAAAAGGGCAUCUUGCUUCAGCUUUUUGGCGGUUCUCGUAAAGACUUCAGUCAGACUGGUAGAGGCCACUUCAGAGCUGAAGUAAACAUCCUUCUGUGCGGAGACCCUGGCACCAGUAAGUCCCAGUUACUGCAGUACGUUCACAACCUGGUGCCACGCGGGCAGUACACAUCAGGGAAGGGCUCCAGUGCCGUGGGUCUCACCGCGUACGUGAUGAAGGACCCAGAGACGCGCCAGCUCGUCCUACAGACCGGCGCCCUCGUGCUGAGCGAUAACGGCAUCUGCUGCAUCGAUGAGUUUGACAAGAUGAGUGACAAUACGCGCUCAGUGCUGCAUGAGGUCAUGGAGCAACAGACUCUGUCCAUUGCCAAGGCUGGUAUCAUUUGCCAGUUGAAUGCCCGCACUGCAAUUUUGGCUGCUGCUAACCCUGUGGAAUCCCAGUGGAACCCCAAAAAGACAACUAUUGAAAAUAUUCAGCUGCCUCACACUUUAUUGUCCAGGUUUGACUUGAUCUUCUUGAUGCUGGACCCCCAAGAUGAGGCAUAUGACCGCAGACUGGCUCACCACUUGGUGUCGCUGUACUACCAGAGUGAGGAGCAGAUCGAGGAGGAGUAUCUGGACAUGGCCGUGCUCAGGGACUACAUCGCCUAUGCACGAACAUAUAUAAACCCCAGACUGAGCGAGGAGGCCAGCCAGGCUCUCAUCGAGGCCUAUGUGGACAUGAGGAAGAUUGGCAGUGGCCGUGGCAUGGUGUCUGCCUAUCCCCGACAGCUGGAGUCUCUAAUCCGACUGGCAGAAGCUCACGCCAAGGUACGCUUCUGUGAGAAAGUGGAGACCAUCGAUGUGGAGGAGGCCAAGAGGCUGCACAGAGAGGCCCUCAAACAGUCCGCCACAGAUCCCAGGACCGGCUUUGUGGAUAUCUCCAUCCUCACUACAGGAAUGAGUGCUACAGCACGUAAGCGCAAAGAAGAGGUGGCUCAAGCACUUAAGAAACUCAUCCAAGCCAAAGGAAAGACCCCAGCCAUAAAGUACCAGCAGUUGCUUGAGGACCUCCGAGGACAGUCUGAAGCAGCAAUCACCAAGGACCUGUUUGACGAGGCUCUGCGGGCUCUGGCUGAUGAGGAUUAUUUGACAGUGACUGGGAAAACUGUUCGUCUGCUCGCUUAAAGCAGUUUUUAGUUUCUAGUGUUAUUUUUCACAUUGUAUGUUUAAAUUGCAUUGUCAAGAAAAAAUAUACUUAUUUGAAUGUUAAUGUAUUGUCUUAGAGUACCAGUAAAUGCCCUACAGAAAGUUCGAUUUGGUGACCCAUGUUUCUACCUUGUACUUUAAAUGUAAUUGUAAAAAGCUUUUUCAGGCACUGUACUUAUUACAACAGGACACUGUUGAAUCAAUUGAGUUAUGCGUAGUUUGCCUUAAAUAAUCUUGUAAUUACAUGCAAAUUAAAUAAUAAAAAAAUCUCAUAGAA